ACCAGUUAAAAAAUAAUAUCACAUGGUUGUACGGAUAUAUAUAUUUAUUCGCUCGUUAAUACUAUAUAUUCGAAAGUAAAUUUCACACAGUUUUCGAUAACAUUUUGGUAAGGAGAUUAAUUGUAACCUGACCGAUUGUACAUAGGAUACUUGUUAUCUAGGGAAAAAACGGUCCUGUGAAAUAAAUAGAAACCGAAACAAACGCGAAAGAAAUCCCACUUGACAGCGAGUUUUUUUAAAUAUUUUCAAUUAUAAAGAUUUGCAAUUAGUCUUAAUUCACACCAAUUGGGAACAGUGAAUAAUCAGAACGAAAUGCUGUACCAGCGAUAUUUUCUGCGGAUGAAUCAAUCAAAUAUGUCCUUUUUUAUUGUAUUCUUGAUAUUUAUUGGGGCUGCGGCAUUUGCUGUGCAAUUGAAGAUGUUGAUUUACUCAGACUACAUGGUUGAGAACCUUACGCAAGCACUCACGGCAACAACCACAAGCUCGAGCAUUAGGAACUUCAUGAAAAAGGCGCCGAUAACUACGACUACAGCUAUGGUUCUAACGGAAUACAACGCUACUUUGCUUGAACAGGUUCACUACCAAAACUGUCAUGUUGCUCACAUUAUCAACAUAUCAGUAAUGGGAGGCAUAGUGGCCAUUCUCGGAUUAUUGCUAGCGUUACUAGCCCGGCCGGCAGUGAACGAGAUUUAUCUCCUGACUAUUUCCUACGUAGUCAUCGUAAUGUUCCUGCUAACCGAAAUUACAUACAGUGCGUCAGCCGUACUCAGGAAUGUGCUAAUCUCCGCAGCACCAACUUGUCUAAGCACCUUCUUCGCGUACACGGCACUUCCGCUAAGGCAGCACGAAGCAACAGUGGGCGCGGUUGCUGUUGGAGUCGUGAACAUUAUUGCUCAAAUGAUGAGCAAAGAGUCGGAUGGAUUCCAGAUAUUCAGCAGCCUUAUGGCAUUGAUCGUUUCUAAUGUCGCUGGUACGUUGACUCACUUUGUGAGGGAGCAGGCCCAGCGUCGAGCUUUUAUGGAGACCAGAAACUGCGUGGAAGCGCGUCUCGCCAUACAAAAGGAUAACGAACAACAGGAGCGGCUCCUCCUGUCGGUGCUGCCACGUCAUGUUGCCAUGGAGAUGAAGGCAGACAUUGCUAAAGAACCACGCCAGGAGCAAUUCCAUAAGAUCUAUAUCCAAAAAUACGAGAACGUAAGCAUCCUUUUCGCUGACAUCUGUGGAUUUACUACCCUUUCGGACCAGUGUACUGCUGAGGAACUUGUGCGACUCCUAAACGAACUAUUUGCAAGGUUUGAUAAGCUGGCCGCCGAGCACAACUGCUUGCGCAUUAAGUUAUUGGGUGACUGCUACUACUGCGUGUCAGGACUGCCGGAGGCUCGGGAAGACCACGCCAGGUGCUGUGUUGAGAUGGGCCUGGACAUGAUUGAUGCGAUUGCUUUGGUACGCGAAGUGCUGGCAGUUAACGUGAACAUGCGAGUCGGCAUCCACACUGGCCGUGUACAUUGCGUUGUGCUCGGCUUGAGCAAGUGGCAGUUCGAUGUGUGGUCCAACGACGUUACACUGGCUAACCACAUGGAGAGCGGAGGAGUAGCUGGGCGGGUGCACAUAACUAAAGAGACGCUGGAUUGCCUGGGAGAUGAAUAUAAAGUCGAGCCCGGAAAUGGAGGUCAGCGCAAUGCUUAUCUGAAGGACCACAACAUUGACACAUACCUCAUUGUACCGGAUGACACCAGUCGUGUGGAUAAGAAGCCGCAGAACGCAGCAACUUUGAAUGACGACGUUUCAAAGGAAAUGCGUGUGAUGGGGCAUGCAGGGCAACCUGGUCGGAACACUAAUGCAAAGAACGGGGUAGAAGCUGGCAACGAGAACAAGCAGCCGGAAGAUGAGGUGAAUGAUUACCUAAUGAAGGCAAUUGAUGCUCGCUCGGUUGACCGUCUCCGCUCCGACCACUGCAGACCUACCACACUUAGGUUCCUUAAUACAGACACCGAGAAAAAGUAUAACGCGGAGAAAGAUACGAUGCUGAAGCUCUAUUUCAACUUCUCUUUCUUCUCGUACCUCGUGAUUACAAUAAUACAGCUUAUGACCUUCGAAAUAACAAUGGUUAACGUCGCCGUUAUGAUCUUUUUUGGACUAGUGGUCUUCAGCAUGCUAUUUUUGGUACAUGGCCUGAACCUCAAGAAUGUACCAAGGCGCAUAAAGCGGCUAUCAAUGAUUGUGCACAAUAACCGCAACGUUGCUCAACUGCUCUCGUUCCUAACGAUGACGGCCCUCGCACUUCAGAUCAUGCUCAUUUUCGGACUUCACACGAUGUCUGAGAACCAAAACGUGAAGGCAAAGGAUGGCUACACAGAUUGCGUCUAUUAUGUUAACGAGAGAUUCCUUCAUCUGACGUUGGUAGUUAUGGUUACAUGCGCAGUCCACCAGAUUUUGAUGACAGUUGUAAAGGUGGUUAUCCUCGCGUUAAUCUGUGUGACGUAUACGGCGUUUACAUUGCACAAAAUCUUCCUGGUUUCCUCCAAAUACCAGUACCUAUGCGGUGUGGACGUUGACCAGUCAUUCAUGGACCUUGUUAUGGUUAUCGGUGCUUUUUGCUGUUUGUCUUUGCUCUCCCACCAAGCUGAGAGUACCUACAGGCUCGACUUCAUCUGGAAACUUCAGGCUCAGGAAGAAAAAGAGGAUAUGGAACAUUUAGAAGCAUAUAAUAAGAAACUGCUUGGCAACAUUUUGCCAGAACACGUCGCACAACAUUUUUUGCGCAAUGACAAGAACAGUGAUGAACUCUACCAUGAGCAAUGUGAAUCCGUAUGCGUAAUGUUUGCAUCAAUCCCCAACUUCUCUGAGUUCUAUGUUGAGUUAGAGGGGAAUAAUGAAGGUGUGGAGUGCCUCCGACUUCUCAACGAAAUAAUUGCCGAUUUUGACGAAAUCCUUUCGGAAGAUCAGUUCAAAUACAUAGAGAAAAUCAAGAGCACCGGAUCUACUUACAUGGCUGCAUCGGGUCUAACAGCGGCCACCAGGGAUCUCCGUGGCUACCGCCAUGUGACAGCAAUGGCUGACUAUGCGCUUAAACUACGCGAACAAUUACUAUAUGUAAAUGUGCACUCAUUCAAUACCUUCAAUAUCAGGAUAGGCAUAAACAUUGGUCCUGUCGUUGCUGGCGUCAUUGGUGCACGCAAACCUCAGUAUGACAUCUGGGGGAAUGCAGUCAAUGUCGCUUCAAGAAUGGACUCGACUGGAGUAGUAGGCGAGAUACAGGUCACUAAAGAAGUGUAUGACAUUCUGUCUACGCGAGGAUACAAACUGAUCUGCCGUGGCAUUGUUGCUGUAAAGGGCAAGGGUGACAUGAUAACCUACCUCUUGAAGGGCGUCAGCUCGUGCCCUCCAAACUCAACAACGGACAUAUAUGCGAACCCAACACCGUCGACUUCUGGUAUGGGACGUAACUAUAGCGAUGGUGACAACGACGACCAAAGAGAGGAGGAACUACUUGACACCCUUUCGGAAGGAUGCUUGGUUGAGGAAGGUAGAAGCGCACCGCGUUCGUACCCGAAGCGUAAGCGGACCCAAAACGGCCCGGUCGGUGCAAAUCUGGGUGGUAGAUCGACAUCUCAGGGUAACCUCGUGAGCACUGCGCGGGCACCACUCAGCCGCUACGAGCGACCUCUAUCACUAUCUGACUCGUCAACAUUCUCUGGGACCUCGAUUAAACACUCCAAGGCACACUCAACUGAAUUUAUCACCUACGAAAAUGAGAUCCCCACCAGGCCUAAAGUAUCCAGAAAGCGUAAAGUUGUGGAAUCAAGGAGCAUUGGCGAUAUCGAGUCGCUACUUGGCGGCCCACGGCGAACUUCAAGCCUUUCCGAUUUCAUAUUCAGGAGGGAGCAGUCGAGAGUAAACUCGAUGCCCGUAUGCAUAAUUGAAAAUCCUAUGAAUAUGCAGUAAA